AUGUCCAUGUAUUCUCACCGAGGCAUGGGAGCGGCUCCCCCGAGCAGCUCUGUCCGCUUAAACGAGCUUCUUGACCAGAUAAGAGCCGAAUUUGAGACCCAGCUUCGACAGACCGAGGGCUUUGAACACCAAAUUUCCGCCCAGGUCAGCGAGAUGCAAUUAGUUCGCGAAAAAGUUUACGCAAUGGAGCAGACGCAUAUGACUCUGAAGCAAAAAUAUGAGGAAGAAAUAAGCAUGCUUCGACAUCAGCUCGAGAAUGCCCGCAAAGGCGGACCCCAACCUGGCAUGCCUGGACCUCCCCAGCAUCCUGGCCCUUCUCAGCAGCCUCCAUCAAUCGCCCCAGGAAAUGGCCUCUUUAGCGGCAUCAUGGCUGGUGGCAAUCAGGCCGGUUUGGCCCCACCACAGCAGCAGCAACAUGCUCCCCCCCAAGAGCAGCAAAUGGGGCCUCAGCAUCAGAUAGCUCAGGGACCUCCUGGACUCCCUGUUCCUCCGCCGCACCCGAGUGCGCAACAGCCGCCCUACCAAGGAGGAUACCCUCAAGGUCCGGUAUCGAACGGAAUGGGUCCUCAACCACCUCAAAGUACGGCUUCGCCGGGCCCGGGCAGACGAGGUGUCGGCCGCGCGCCGAAUGCUGUUGGCCCGGCCACCCCACAGAUCAACACUCCUGUGCCAUAUCCUGGCAAUGCUCAGUCACCUCAAGUCAGCCACCCCACGCCAGACCACGGGCGCAUGGGCGGUCCUCGAGCACCGCCAGUGGGAAAUGCGCUGGGAGAUCUUGAGCCCGAUGCUGUUGCGCCGCAUAACAAAAAGACGGGUGCUGACUGGUACGCGAUUUUCAAUCCUGCCGUCCAGCGAGUUUUGGAUGUGGACCUUGUCCACUCUCUCACCCACGAAAGCGUCGUUUGCUGCGUCCGAUUUAGUCACGACGGCAAAUAUGUUGCCACGGGAUGCAACAGGUCCGCUCAAAUUUUCGAUGUUCAAACGGGCGAGAAGGUCUGCGUGCUGGAGGACCACAACGCACAAGACAUGACUGCGGAUUUGUACAUUCGAAGUGUAUGCUUCAGCCCUGAUGGACGUUACCUGGCAACGGGUGCUGAAGACAAACUGAUCCGAGUUUGGGAUAUUCAAUCACGUACUAUUCGCAAUCAUUUCUCCGGCCACGAGCAAGAUAUUUACUCGCUCGAUUUCGCGCGUGAUGGAAGAACGAUAGCAUCAGGCAGUGGCGACCGAACGGUUCGACUAUGGGAUAUUGAGCAAGGUACCAACACCUUGACGCUGACAAUCGAAGACGGUGUCACUACCGUCGCAAUUUCUCCCGACACCCAAUACGUCGCCGCUGGGUCUCUCGACAAGAGCGUCCGAGUUUGGGACAUACAUUCCGGAUUCUUGGUCGAGCGUCUCGAAGGCCCGGAUGGGCACAAGGACUCUGUCUACUCGGUGGCAUUUUCACCCAACGGCAAGGAUCUUGUCAGCGGUAGUCUUGACCGUACAAUCAAGAUGUGGGAGCUCAGCUCUCCUCGUGGCGGACAGAGCGGAGCUCCAAAAGGGGGCAAAUGUGUCAAGACGUUUGAGGGUCAUCGGGACUUUGUGUUGUCCGUUGCGCUGACGCCUGAUGCGAACUGGGUAUUAUCCGGGUCUAAGGACAGGGGGGUCCAGUUCUGGGAUCCUCGAACCGGCACAACUCAGCUGAUGCUUCAGGGCCACAAGAACUCGGUCAUCUCGGUGGCGCCCAAUCCUCAGGGCGGGUACUUUGCCACUGGAUCCGGCGACAUGAAGGCGCGCAUUUGGUCCUAUCGUCCGUUUUGA